CCUGCGGCGACAGUGAGGAAGGUCAGUGCGACGUGGCAGCGCUGGAGGGAGGCGUGACCUACACGCACGUCGUCGCGGGAGGCCUGACCUACACGAACGUCGCCGCGGGAGGCUGCCACGCGCUCCUAUUCAGGAGCGAUGGCGCGGCCAUUGCUUGCGGCUCAAACGAGAUAGGCCAGGGCGACGUUGCAGAACUAGAGGGAGGCGUGACCUACACGCACGUCGCCGCAGGAGACUGCCACUCGAUCCUGCUCAGGAGAGACGGCACGGUUGCAGGCUGCUGCCUAAACGAGGAAGCUCAGUGCGACGUGCUAGCGCUGGAGGGAGACGUGACCUACACCCUACACGAAUGUCGCCGCGGAACGCUGCCACACGGGCCUGCUCAGGAGCGAUGGCGCGGCCGCGUCUUGCGACCUGAAGAAGGCAGGCCAGAGCGACGUGCCAGAGCGUGA